AUGUAUAAUUUUCAUUUUGUUGUCAAUCCAAAAGAGAAAAUUCAGUUUUCAAAUCAAAAAGCAUAAAUUCAGAUCUAAAACAUUACUAGAUAUCAUUUAGCAUUUAAAGUAUUCUUUUUUAUAAUGAUAGUUACUUAGAUUAGAACAACAAACAAUGUAGAUUUUAAAGUGAUUGGAAAUAAAGGUAUCCUCAAUCCAAUGACUACAAAUAUAAUCCAAAUCAUAAGCAAUAAAGAAGUUGUAUAUAAUAAUAUUCUAGAAUAUCGUAAAGGCUAAAUUUUAGAUUAUGACAGUGAUUAUAAAUCCUAACGAUAACAUUGAUACUGCAUUUUCAAGAGCGAAUUCAGAACAAAUCUAAAUGGAGACAUUAAAAACGAAGUCAACCUUUGGUGAAGACACUUAAUCUUUAAUUUCAGAUACUUCUUUUUUCAAAUCAACAGCAGCUCCUAAAUAAAUAGUUCCUCUUCCUCCUAUUGAUCAAAUUUAGGUUUCUACAAAUGAAAAGAAGGAUGAAUUCUAGCCAACUAUAUUACAUUUAUUGUUUGUUGGAGCAGCCUGCCUUUUAAUUGGCUACUUUACACAUAUGUUUAAAUAUGGUAAUAAGAAUUGUUGAUAAAUAUAUUUUUUAAACUAUAUCCAUAAUAAUAGUAAAAUAUUGUAUGUUGGUAAUCUGCAAAUAUUAUUUAUAUAUAUAAAUUAAAUACAAUAAAGAAAUGAUUAAUUAAUAGGGUUAAUAGUAUAACAAAAUUUGAAUGCCAAUCCAAAAAUUACAUCUAUUAGUAUUCCAGAUAAUAAACCAUUAAGUUCAAUUAGUGCUGUCAAACCUUAAUAAAAAAUACAUAUUUAUAAUAAGGAUUAUGAGUAAAUAUAUAAUUCCUAAAAAUAACUAGAGGUAAGAUUGAAAUGUUGAGAGAUUGGUAAAUUAUUAUGAAUAAGAUUAUCCAAAUGGACAUAUUAUGGUUAAAUGUUGAAUGGAAAAAACAUGGAUACUAUUAGAUAAAAUAUAAUACUAAGGUCUUAUAUUAUUACAGGGUAGAAUUUGCUAAGGUGUUUGGUAGAAUGAUAGGAAACAUUUGAGGGAGAAUUAUAGAAUGGAAAACCCUAAGGGAAAGGAAUUUAUAUUUGUAAUAACGAAAGCUAUGAAGAACAAUAGGUAAAUGGAUUUAAACAUGGGAAUGGAAUUUGGGUUAUGAAGGAGAAUGGAAAUUUGGUAAAAUUGAUGGAUAUGGAGUUUAUAUUUAGAAUAAUAAUAAAUAUACUGGAAGUUUUUAGGAAUAAUUUAAAACAUGGACAUGAUAUAGAAAACUUUGUUAAUGAAGAUCUUAAUAAUGAAUAAUUUCGUAAUGGAAAACCAGAAGGAAAAGGUACAUAUAUUUGGAAUAAAGGAGCUGAAUUUAGAGUUUAGAAAUAUCAUGUAAAUGGAUAGGGAUUUUUAAGAAUGGAUUCAGACAUGGAAAAGGUGUAUGGAAUAAAUGGGAUCCUGUGAAUGAAGGUCAUUAUAGUUAUGAGGAAAUGUUUGAAAAUGAUAAAAAGUAUGGAUAAGAAAUAUUUACAUGGCCAUCAGGAAAUUAUUAUGUUGGAUCUUUUGUGAAUGAUUAUAGACAUGGAUUUGGUGAAAUGUUUUGAAAGGAUCAAUAUAAC